GAAACUACCGAGCAGUGCCGAGCCGACGCUGAGACGGAGCACGCGUCCGUUCGGUCAACACGCUAUUGACCAUUUCCUUCAAUAUUCUCACAAAAGAAUAUCGCGUACCUAACUCACUCGAAACGUUAUGUAUUGUAACAUUUGAAACGAGUUAAAAGUGACAGUUAACAACGAUUUUAUCAACGAAAACGAUGGUAAUGAAUGACUGUGUGAGCGGUGUAUAUACCUAAUAACAUAAUUAGUGUUAAUUGAUCGAUGCGCCUGUAAUAUAUACACAAAGUCUUAGUGAAAAAAGAAUUAACAUCAUCAAGCGGUAGAUAAGUUUCGGCGAGCAAGAAAACAUUAAGAGCUGGUAAGAGUAAUUUCGAUUAGUACAAUGCCAACAACGAUACAAGAAAACAUUGCCCUACUCAAUAUGAUGUCUUCUGAUAAUUUGGAGGAUGAUUUAAAGAGUGUGCAGUUGCAUAGUCCAUCGGACAGACGAUUGCAGAGCGACGGCGCAUGCGUGGAGGAGAGGGUGAGGACCUCGCGUGGCGAAGUGCUGGUGGCGGUCCGCGGGGACCGCAGCAAACGAGCCAUAAUAACAUACCAUGACCUUGGACUCAAUUAUGCCGCGAAUUUCCAGGCGUUCUUUAAUUUUGUCGAAAUGAGACCGAUACUGGAUAAGUUUUGUAUUUACCAUAUUAACGCUCCAGGACAAGAGGAAGGGGCUCAUUCGCUGCCUGAAGAUUAUACUUAUCCUAAUAUGGAUGAACUUGCCUCACAAAUUGAUUUUGUGUUGGGUCAUUUUGGUAUAAGGUCGUUCAUCGGCUUCGGUGUCGGAGCUGGCGCGAACAUUCUCGCUCGAUACGCUGUCACCAGCCCGCAAAGAGUCGAUGCUUUGGUUCUGAUAAACUGCACUUCUACUCAAGCCGGAUGGACGGAAUGGCUUUAUCAGAAAAUUAACAUGAGACAACUUCGCUCUAAUGGGAUGACUCAGAGCGCUAUUGAUUAUCUAAUGUGGCAUCAUUUUGGUCGGAGCACUGACGACCGCAACCACGACUUAGCCCAAGUUUACAAGGAAUGUUUCUCACACGUGAAUCCGAUCAAUCUGGCGAUGUUUAUCGAUGCGUAUCUACGUCGCAGUGACUUGGGUAUAUCUAGAGACAAUAGUACUAUUAAGGUGCCCGUUCUGAAUGUGACUGGCGCACUAUCCCCGCACGUUGAAGACACGGUGACGUUUAACGGCCGCCUUGACCCUGCCAAGACAUCUUGGCUAAGCAUCUCAGACUGCGGAAUGGUACUAGAGGAACAGCCGAGUAAAAUAGCAGAAGCCUUCCGUCUGUUCCUACAGGGAGAAGGGUACUGCAGGUAGUCAGAUUGUGAGGAGAUUGGGAGGACGCAUCGCUGCCACAAUAGAAUGCACUCGACGCUUCUUUACACGCGAGCUUUGAAGACACGUUUCUUGUAGACACGUUUGGAUGUAGGACGAAAUUGAUAGACAUUGUUUUGAAAUGUUUAUUGAAAUAAAAUUAUUU